AUGUCUCGAUCGUUCCUUGUGGAUUCGUUGAUCGCCAGUGAUAGCAAGCCCGCGCCAGUGAAGAGUAGCUCAAAUAUGAACUAUUACAGUCAGUUUACCCAGCUGCCGGUGACUCCGCCGGCCACGUUGCCCUAUUCGGCCUGUUACGUCGGCAGUUAUCUGUUCUCACUUGGAUUACAACAGCAGCAGCAGCAACAGUCGCAACAUCUGCUGCCUCAUCAUCACCUCCCAACGAUCGGACAUCUGCCCCAGCCGCAGAACCUCACGCUGGAUUUGUCCCCGAAGCUGUACCAACCAACGGACGUCCAACCCCCGAAGGGUCACCUCUCGCCCAAAGAGGAGUACUACCGAAAGUUGUACCGCUGCGAAAAGACCCCGGAACGCUUCUCGCCGUACUCGUCACCCCCGGCAUCAACCUCCAACCGCUUCUUCCCCUCGGCGUCCACUUCAUCCCAGUCCAAAUCGUCAACCCCAUCGCCAACCCCCCUGGACGUCUCGGCCGGACCGCCGACUACCCCAACCUACGCCAUCGACGAUGAGCUGUCCAGCAAGCGCAUCCGGACGGCCUUCACCAGCACCCAACUCCUGGAGCUUGAGCGCGAGUUCGCCUCCAACAUGUACCUCACCCGUCUUCGCCGUAUCGAGAUCGCCACCCGGCUGCGGCUGUCCGAGAAGCAGGUCAAGAUCUGGUUCCAGAACAGGCGCGUCAAGCGCAAGAAGGGCGAUGCCCCACUUUGUACCGAGAGUCCGUGCCGCGGUCAGUCGUCGUCGUCGCAAAGUCAGUGCUGCUGUAAGAGUUCCGGAUGUGGUGGUGGUGGAAGCGCGGGAAGUGGUUCCGAUGGGGAGGACACGAUCAGCGUGGGCGAGCGGGAACAGAAGCCGCAGGUUCAGCUGUUGCAGCAACAGGCGUGGGAUUUUAGCAAGGGGUUUCAUUGA